CUCUAUUUACAGUACUGCAUUCACACGAUCCACUCAUGCGGGCAGUGUGACACGCGUUUUGGUUGUUUGUUCUUCCGCAGGGGCUAUAAUUGCUCAGCGAUAUCUGUUUGUCCUUAUCCAGCAGUAUUUCCUUGUUGCCAGUGGUGUAUACUCGCAAACGGACUUCAUUGCAAUUUGAGUUAUCCCACGGCCGUUAUUAUUCAGUGCCUAUAACCUACAGAGUAGUAAUACAAAAAAAUACUUGAGUCUGGAGUUCAAUUUGAAAGGGAACAUGGCUUCAAAUGGGAUGGAAUGUAUGCAGUUAGCAGAGGACCAGAUCAAAAUUCUGGAGGAGAACUUCACCAAAGUCUCCAAGCAUCCCGAUGAGUCGACGCUCAUGUUGAUCGCAGCGGAAAGCGGACUAACUGAGGAAGAGACCGCCAAGUGGUUCAGGCUACGCAACGCACAGUGGAGACAGGCCGAGGGCCUCCCAGCUCAGCUGGGAUCCGUGAAAGACUGAGGAGGCAUAGGAACCUCCCGGUCACUCCCGUCGCUUUGACACAACCCCCACACCCUUACUGACCAGCUAGGACCCAUCGACCGGUCCCACCAUCAUGGCAUCAUCCGCUCUCUUUUGUGUCCAUCAAUUGCUGAAUGUGAAGUGAACCAUUGUUCUUUGCCAAUAUAACUGCCUUGUUUACAUAUAAUAAUAAAUAUAUAAAUAUAUAUAUAGUAAUUAAAUAAAUAACAUUUAUUAUUAUAAA